AUGAGCGCCGAGUUCCUCCGCCCCGGCGGCACAGAGGGCCAGUACCUGUACGCAGAGGGCACGGCGAGCAAGGUCGGCCGCCGGAUGGCCUUUACGCGCAUCGACUUUUACAACGAGAAGGACCAGCUCGUUGCGUUUGGGAGCCACACGCACGCCGUCCUGCCCGAGAGCAAGCCGCAUGAGAUUGUCUUCUCGGAGGACGGUGAGAAGGCCAUCCCGGUGGCUCAGGGGAAACUCUAG